AUGCCGGUUGGGCUCGGAUAUCGGCCACCACCCAGCAAACAUUCAACUCUUCCAGCCCUCAGCCUACUCGAAAUUAUGGUGCGACGACAAAACCGACCAACCUUUGUUGUACAGAAUAUCAAUACUACUGGAACUUCCCGCCGCAGCCGGACAAGCACGCGCCAGGAGAGGAAUGCACCCCAAGAACGCCGAGAACGUGAAACCAUUCAGCGGGACAUUGCCCUAGCACGCCGGCUUGGACUUAUUGAGAAUGUAGCUCCUCCCGAAAUCGACCCCAUAAAUAGCCAGCAUCAAUUCGAGCCAAUUAUUGGAAGUUAUGACGAUCAACACUUUGAUGAGGAUGUACAGGCUCUCCCAAGUACUGCCCAUGCAAGCUAUCACCGAGCACGCCGCUAUGCUGAAGAACACGAGCAACUCAACCAGCGUUGGAUUUCACUGGAAAAACAAGCUAUAGCAGCCUAUAUGUUAUGCUUCUAUAACACUCGGAAUUGGACUGAAUGGAGUCCAACCUCGAGUUUGUUUGAAUUUGACCAAAGCCUCUGUUCCUGUAGCGCCAACCAGAUUCACUCCCGCCGUGUGGACUUGUUUGACAUUGUUAGUUUCGACCAAUUUGUUAGGACUUUGAGGUAUGAUGUUCCAGAUGCGGAGACUGCAAAUCUCAUUGACGGUGAUGAAGAAGACACUAUUGAUCUUGAGGAGGCUUAUAUUGAAGAUAUUGAGCAAAUUCUAUCUACAACCAUGCUUGCUGAUCUUGCACAAGAGUUUGGUGUUGAACACGAAUGA